CAGUGUAAAGUGUAAUCAGACACUCACCAGCUCAGUCGCAAUUUUCAUUCCUCAUUUUUCCCUCCGUCGACUUUUGUCGUAAAGUUUCUCGUUCGAUUGAUAAUCCAUUGUAAAGCCUCAAUUGGCAUUUAGUGUUUGACGUAUAAAAAUUUUGAAGAUAUGGAACAAAUUCACGAUCCCUACUUGAGACACUUGUUCGAUGGAUCAGGAUUGUUCAACGUUUACGAUAACAAGGUGAUUAAUUUAUCAGUUGGAGCUCCAGGACCCGACCUACUGAAGAACUGUAGUAACAUGUUCAUGAAAGCCACCACUCAUCGAAUGAAUGAAGAAGAAAAAGAAGGAAAAUAUUAUCUUUUUCAAUAUGGAACAACAGCGGGUUUGUGGGAGUGCAGAGAUGAGUUGAGCAAAUUUUUAACGAAGCGAUAUGGCGAUCCAGUAGCUAGAGAAAAUCUUAUUUUGACUUGUGGUGCUACGCACGGUCUGCAAUUGUUGCUCACGAGUAUUAUCGCACCUGAUGGCAUCAUCUUCGUCGAAGAAGUCACUUACAUGAUUGCUCUUGAUGCCUUCAAGCAAUUUCCAUUAAUGAAGAUAAUACCUGUUCCCAUGAAAAGCGACUUAGUGGAUCUGGAUGCCUUGGAAAAAUUAAUAAACAAAGAGAAAGAGAAAGCGUACUUGUUGAAUGAGGAUAAAAUAUUCUGGGCAAUGUUUUAUGCCAUUCCUACUUAUCACAAUCCAACGGGAAUGACCCUCCCACCAGAAAAUUGUCAACGCUUGGUAAAGAUAGCUCGAAAAAGUAAUAUCGUAGUGGUUUGCGAUGAUGUUUAUAACUUAUUGCACUACGGUGGGGGAAAACCUCCUCACAGAUUAUUCUUCUACGAUCAGCCCAGCGACCCUGGAUAUAAAGGAGGAAAUGUUAUAUCGAAUGGAUCAUUCUCAAAAAUUUUAUCUCCAGCAAUAAGAUUUGGUUGGCUUGAGAGCGGGCCUCGAGUUACGAAUGUUUUGAAAUCAUCGGGGAUUAUGAAAAGUGGAGGUGGAGCGAAUCAAUAUGUGUCUGGAUUAAUCGCGAGCCUACUGCAUCUGAACAUCGAAGACAAAUUCCUCGAUUUACUGAUUAAAACAUACGAGGAACGAUUGGCCGUCGUUUUCGAGGUCCUCGAUCGAUUAUUGCCGAGUUGCUGUUCAUAUCGUAAGCCCAAUGGUGGGUAUUUUGUUUGGAUUCACUUACCCAAAGGCUGUGAUGGUGGUAAAUUCGUCGCGUGGUGUCAAGAGGAAUUCAAAGUAACAGCGAUUCCUGGAGCACGAUUUUCACUUGUGGGGGAAUCAAAAAAUAAAUUGCGGCUGAGCAUCGCAUUUCAUGAGGCUACAACUCUUCGUACAGCAGUUGAAAAUCUCUGCAAGGGAUUAUCAAAAUAUACAUGAAAUAAAGAAAGUACAAAAUAAAUUUACCAUACAAAAAAUUUGUUUUUGGCUGUGGUGGGAUGAAAACACAAAUUCCAAAACAUCAACGUUUGUAAAUGAAUUUUCAUAUUCAUUAAUAAAUUUUAUACACGUUCAUUACCAAA